AGUGGGUAGGAGCGAGCAGCAGGAGGCCAUGGCAGGACAAUGACUGACGUGGAAAGUGUCGGGAGUGAGUAACAAACUUCGGAGGAAAACAAGUCUUGAGAGCAACAUACAUCGCUCCUCUGUGUUACACGGGCCACAGCAACAUGAGUCUGGACAAAGCAGAGCUGUGUGAUUCACUUUUAACCUGGUUACAGACAUUUCAGGUGCCAUCAUGCAACAGCAAGUACGACCUGACAAGUGGAGUGGCCAUUGCACAUGUGCUGCACAGAAUAGACCCCUCCUGGUUUAAUGAGACAUGGCUAGGCAGGAUCAAGGAGGAGAGCGGGGAGAACUGGCGCCUCAAGGUCAGCAACUUGAAAAAGAUUCUUAAGAGCAUGCUGGAGUAUUAUCACGAUGUGCUUGGUCACCAGGUGUCAGAUGAGCACUUGCCAGACGUGAACCUUAUAGGAGAGAUGGGAGAUGUCACUGAACUGGGCAAGCUGGUACAGCUCGUAUUGGGCUGUGCUAUCAGUUGUGAGAAGAAACAAGAGCAAAUCCAGCAGAUAAUGACACUUGAGGAAUCUGUCCAGCACGUCGUGAUGACAGCCAUUCAGGAGCUCUUGUCAAAGGAGCCUUCUUCUGAACCAGGAACCCCUGAGACCUAUGGGGACUUUGACUACCAGUCCAGGAAGUAUUAUUUUCUAAGUGAGGAGGCAGAUGAGAAGGAGGACCUGAGCCAGCGCUGUCGAGACCUGGAACAUCAGUUGUCAGUGGCUAUGGAGGAGAAGUUGUCCCUACAGGCAGAGACAAGGUCCCUGAAGGAGAGGCUGAGCCACUGCGACUCUCUGGACGCUUCCACCACUGUCAUCACUGGAAAAAAGCUGCUGCUGCUGCAGAGUCAGAUGGAGCAGCUGCAGGAGGAGAACUACAGACUGGAGAACAGCAGAGAUGACAUGCGCGUGAGGGGGGAGAUACUGGAGCGUGAGAUGGCCGAUCUACAUCAACGUAACGAAGAGCUGACCAGCCUGGCGCAGGAGGCCCAGGCCCUCAAGGAUGAGAUGGAUAUUCUCAGGCACUCCUCUGACCGGGUGAACCAGCUUGAAGUACUAGUGGAGACGUACAAGAGGAAGCUGGAGGAUCUGGGAGACCUGCGCAGGCAGGUGCGCCUCCUGGAGGAGCGCAAUACUGUGUACAUGCAGCGUACCUGCGAGCUGGAGGAGGAGCUCCGGAGGGCCAACGCCAUCCGCAAUCAGCUGGACACUUACAAAAGACAGGCUCACGAGCUUCACACCAAGCACUCGGCAGAGGCCAUGAAAGCUGAGAAAUGGCAGUUUGAGUACAAGAACCUUCACGACAAGCAUGACGCACUGCUGAAGGAGAAAGAACGUCUGAUCUCGGAAAGAGACACACUCCGGGAGACAAAUGAUGAGCUUAGGUGUGCACAAGUCCAACAGAGGUGUCUUAGUGGAGGUGGAGACUUGUGUGACAAUGGUGUCACAGUAGGAAACCUCGCUGCAGAGAUCAUGCCUACUGAGAUCAAGGAGACAGUGGUGCGUCUACAGAGUGAAAACAAAAUGUUGUGUGUCCAGGAGGAGACUUACAGGCAGAAACUGGUGGAGGUGCAGGCCGAGCUGGAGGAGGCGCAGCGCAGCAAGAACACCCUGGAAACUCAGAACAGAUUAAACCAGCAGCAGAUCUCAGAGCUGCGUUCUCAGGUGGAAGAGCUCCAGAAGGCGCUGCAGGAGCAGGACAGCAAGACUGAGGAUGCCAUCUCCUCCUUAUUGAAGAAAAAGCUUGAGGAGCAUUUGGAGAAGCUCCAUGAAGCGCACUCAGAUCUCCAAAAGAAAAGAGAGGUCAUUGAUGACCUAGAGCCCAAAGUGGACAGCAACAUGGCAAAGAAGAUAGAUGAACUCCAGGAGAGCCUGCGGAAGAAGGACGAGGACAUGAAGCAGAUGGAGGAGCGAUACAAGCGCUACGUUGAGAAGGCGAGAACGGUGAUCAAAACCCUGGAUCCAAUGCAACAGCCGGUGACUGCGACUCCUGACAUCCAGGCGCUGAAAAACCAGCUGACAGAGAAGGAGAGGAAAAUCCAGCACCUGGAGCAUGACUAUGAGAAGAGCAGGGCCAGACAUGACCAGGAGGAGAAACUCAUCAUCACGGCAUGGUACAACAUGGGGAUGACGUUGCAUCAGAAAGUGUCUGGCGAGCGGCUCGGUCCCUCUAACCAGGCCAUGUCCUUCCUCGCCCAGCAGAGGCAGUCCACCAACGCCAGGAGAGGCCUGACACGACACCAUCCAAGAUAAGACCUCCAGGCGGGAGAACAAACGCGCUGAAAGGAAGUAUAGAGAAUAUAAUGUGAUCUACACUGGACUUCAUCUGGACACCCUAUACCUUUUUAUGCCUUUUACUGGAUCGCUGCACCUCAGAGAGUAUUUUCCAUGCUGCUACUGCCCCCUGCUGGCUCUUAAUGGUACGAGAAAGUUUAUUUUCUCUGUGGGGCCCCGGAGGAGAGAGGGAUACAACUGUGAGUUAACCCCUAGAAACAGAAGUAGGAGUAGGAGAAGUAGGGCCUGAAAAGAGGCUGUCUCACCUUUUAAGGUGACUUUUUUUAUUUCCUCUUCAGCCUCUUGUACUCUGCCCUGUUUAUGUAAGGUGUGUUUUAAAUCUUUUUUUUUUUUUUUUUGUCUUUGUGUGUUAUACAACAGGAUGGAAUGUGAACUAGUUUUGUUAAGGUUACUGUUCAGAUGUGAUAGACGAGAGAUGAGUUAUUAGGGGUAUUACAAUUACUGCUGUAAGUGCUAAAGGUGGACAUAAAGCUACACUGCUUAUAGACUGAGAACAGUCAGUCGGUAGUACAUCUCUUUGGUUUUCUUCUUUUGUUUUGAACUUUCUCAGCUUUUGUUUUUUGUCUUCUUGAUAAUGUGUUUUGAAGUGAGUUGAGGAUGUUUGUUUUUUAAUUUGAAGGACCUCGAAAAAAUGUAAAGACGAUAAGGAUGUGUUAACGGCUUUAGUCCCAAUCCACCCCCCCACCUUGAAGUCACUUGAAUAAUUUUCUUUAAAAAGUUUCCCAAGAUACACCAAAGCACUUUCCCAGAAGGGUGUGUUUGUUCAGUGCCUCGCAAAACUAAAAAUACGCGCCUCUAUGGAUGAGAUAUUCGCAGUGGUAAACCCCUUCUCCCUGUCUCAUUGGCACGGAUAGAUUUUACUAAAAGAAAACGUCACACUCAUGCGGCUCAUUUUCAUAUGGCUGGUGAUAAUGUGACGUGUGGAUUAUUUUUCUUAAUGUUCUCAUUUGUUGCCUAUGAAUUGGAAUUUUUUUAUUUUUUUAUUUUUUUUUUUUUAAUUCCCCUCCCUCUUCCCAAAGGCUGAAACAGGGUGUUUGGUUAUGGGCUGGACCUCAUUGCACUCACCACUUUAGACUCCAAACUGAUGUAAAUAAAGGCAACUAAAGGCCUCUUAGUUUAUCACAGAGAAUGGAAAACUAAUACACAACGUGAUUAUAUCCAUAAUGAUAAAAACACUAAAAACAAUGACUCAGCUAAUGGCUGCUUACCGCUGCUAGACCUCAAUUACAGUUUAACUGAACUGGAAGGAUAUGUACUUACCAAUAUGCUGGAAUUCUUUUGUCUUGACCGAAAGUCAGGAGGAGGAUCUAAAGGUUGAGCCUGUAAUAGAUGGUACAUUCAUCAACACUACGUCUGCCUGUAUUCACUCCAGGUUAAUUUUCCUUUUCAACAGAUGUAGUCAUUUUUGUCAGUCUCAAACCAGAGCUACUUUUUUUAUGACUUGUACUUCGUCCCUGUGAGUGUUUGUGCUAUGGUCUACGCAGGCCAGAAUCCUGCUGUUGUGUGCACAUUCUUUUUUUUUCUAUUUGAGUUGAUAUUUAUGGUGUUAAAUCACUCUUUGCUACACAUUUGCAUGGCUUGAUGGGGUUAACUUUUAGGUUGUCAGUGUUUGUUUAUCAUAUAAUGGUCUAGUAGAUUAUAGCAGAGUGAACUUCACACAGGGAUCUGAAGCAAGCUAAAGAUUUGUAGUCCUGUCUGUUCUACUUUUGCACUACAAAUAAAUGAGAUCUUAAGAUAA